GAGUUUAGAAAACAAAAGAAAGUGGGAGAGAGAAGGAAGUAUCGAUCGAUCUGGGAGAAGAAUGGGAGCAGGAAAGAAUACGGCAGAGUUCUUCAGGAGGAGAGACGAAUGGAGGAAGCAUCCGAUGCUUGGGAAUCAGUUUCGUCACGCUACUCCUGGCCUCGGUAUCGCUCUCGUUGCGUUUGGUGUUUACCUCGUCGCUGAGCAAGUUUACAACAAGGCCAAUGCUUCUUCCUCUUCUCACCAUGUGAAGGCUGGGGAGCACUGAGGAAAAUCACAAUUCAUCAUUUUCCUUGUUUUGUUUGUUUAAGUUGUUGUUAAAUAAGGUUACUUUGCAGGGAUUUCCCUUCAAUGUAAUUUGCUUAGGAGAAAUUUUAGACUCUGUAUAAUGAAUGUAUGUAUGCUCGCAUUUUAUGCCUAGUUGAUUUACCGGCUUUAAUUUUUCUUACAUACCAA